CGGUCCUAUCUAGUCCCCUUCAGUAGUCUUUGCAGCCCGGGCAUGCUUCAGUGCCUGUCAUGGCCGUCACAGCCGACGUGAGCGCGCUGACGGACGAGCUAAUCACUGCCGUUGCGAAGCCCGACAGAAAGGACACCCCGCAUUUUAGGAAUCUAAGGCGCCGGGUUGAAGACACUUUCAAGUCGCAUGCGUAUGCCCGUACGGACCAAUUCGCCGUCGCGAACCAGCUCGAAGGAUUGCAGGAGAAAUUCCAAGUCCUUUGUAGGGAUGAAUUGGCAGACGCUUUGCGCAUCCGGCUGACAGAGCUGCACGAGCACCAGAGCUCAUGGUUUCCGGAAAUCCUGUCCCUACUGUUGCAGUUGGCAGAUCGCCCUGCUCAGCGGUCAAAGAUCGAACGGGUGACGGCAGUCAAGCCCAGCGAGGAGGCCAAAGCCCUCAUCUGGACCGAAUUGGACGCUGAUGGAUCAGCAUACUGUGACGAGGAUAUCUGGGAGAAUGUAGAUUUUGGUGUUGAUUCGUCUGAUGACGACGUUGAAUCGGUGUCCACCGACAGCUACCACACACGGAAUCAACCAGAGACAUCUAUAAAUACAGAAGAGGACUACGUGAUCCCCGAUGAAGUCUUCACGUCCGGAGAGAACGAUGAGCUUAUUGACUCAAUCGCUAAAGCACAAUUCUGGAAAGAUGGAGAGAGCUCGGUCGCAGACCGGGGCCAACCCGCUUCUCGGGUCAUUACAGAGCUACAGGUAGUAAGGGAGACGAUUUUCAUGUUGCAAGGACUUCCUACGUCUCUGUUUUGGCGACUUGACGGUAGUGUGGAAAUAGACCGGAGAUAUACCAUUACAAACCUGUCGAAUGAGACAUUUUUGUCGCUACUGCGAUCAUUAAGUUCGACGGGAGCUAAGCUGGAUGUUCUUAGGCAAUUUUGCAGCGUGCCACAGAAGAUUCCAUAUAUGCAGACAUUUCACCGGGGGUUAGAGAGCUUUCUGAGCAAGUUCGACACGUUUCUGUCAAGUGUGCAACUUCAGUAUCUUUCUCGGCUGUCUACUGUGUCUAUAAGUCUUCUACAGCUGUCUGAAGACGUCCGUCGCGAGUCUAGACUGCUUUUGAUGCUAUCUGACCUCGUGUCCAGCUUGAUGCUCAACGCCUCGGACUCUGCUGUGCGGUGCCUCGAUUUGCUGUAUGAUCUAGUGUGUUUGACACAGGCUACUGGGGACGAUGAUGCAUUUAUGGCCCUUGCCGAACUGUUCUUCUCGUGCUUUGAAACAUAUGCACGCCCAGUUCGUCUCUGGAUGGAAACAGGCCAAUUGGAUUCGUCUGCAGGUGAAUUCUUCAUAUACAAAGAUCAAAGGGACAGUGACCUACGGACGUUAUGGCAUGACUGGUACGUGCUGGACAAGACAAGGCUCCUGAAUGCCCCGAAAUUCAUUCAAUCUAUCGCGCACAAGAUAUUCAUAACGGGGAAAAGCAUGGUGUUUCUGCGAUAUUUGAACACGUCCGAGGAAAAUGAAACCCCACGGAAGGUCUCCCUGGCAUUUAAGGAAGUUUUACCGCCAGGCUCCGCUUCGUUCUGCCUCCCAUUCUCUGUUUUACUUGAGUCUGCAUUCGCAAGACUGGUCGACGAAAACCAUUCCUACACAUCAGCUCUGUUGAGGAGAGAGCUUGACCAGCAAUGUGGCUUAUGGAUAUCGAUCCAAGCACUCGAGUAUAUCUAUCUCAGCACAGAUAUGAGCAUCUUCGGACCGAUUGAUAGCAAGAUAUUCGACCUCAUCGAUAGGGGAAAAGGUGCCUGGAGCGAUCGAUUUCUCCUCACAGAGCUAGCCCAAAGCGCAUUUAGCGCUCUGUCUUUUAUCGACCCUUCUAGACUCAUUGUCCGGACACCCAAGGAAGCGCACAGCAAUGCAAACAGCCGCAGCCGCUCGGUCAAGGUCCUAAAUGCCAUCUCAUUCGACUACAUCUUACCCUGGCCUGUUGCCAACAUUAUCACCAAAGACACUAUCCGGGGCUACCAGUGCAUCUCCACAUUUCUCAUGCAAAUCCGCAGGGCAAAGCAAACGAUAAUAAAACAGCGUUUGCAGCAUAACACCCAGUCCGACAAAAUUCAAGAUUCCAGAAACAACACAUUGAGCUACGCCCUCAGACACAACAUGCUCUGGUUCCUCAACACUCUAUACAGCCACAUGACUGACUUUGUCGUCUCAACGGCGACCGAAUCCCUGCGCAAAAGUCUGUCUGCUUCCGCCGACGUCGAUGGCAUGAUAGCGGCGCAUCGCUCAUUCAUGCACUCCUUGGAGGAACAAUGCCUCCUAUCCACGAACCUCCAUCCCCUCCAUCAAGCAAUCAUCACCAUCCUUGACCUGUGCGUCUGCUUUGCAGAUGCCCAAACAGCACGCUACGGCAACAACCAUCUCGAUCACACCCGAGCUGCCAGCAAGAAUGCAUAUAGCUUUGGAUUAGACAACGACGACCCGAGCGACGAGGACGAUGAUGACAAUGAAUCCGAUAACGACGAAGACAAGCUCGAUGCCUCUUUCCACGAAACACACUACCUGCAACGGUUGCGAGACAUCAAAGACCAGUUCGAUCGACUGGUAGCUUUCAUGGUGGCUGGUCUAAAAGGUGUAGGACGUGUCGACGGCCAACUCAGUUGGGAGAUCUUGGCCGAGAAACUGGAAUGGAGGAAAGCAGGUGGACAGUAGCAGUCUUUCACUAUAAUUUUUCUUGCGGAAUAGGGGUUCGGAUCCUGGUUAGGUUUGUGAUACCCGGAAAUUGGAAUAUUCAUUGCAAUGGUAUAAUUAUGAUACUACACAGUUC